UGCGCUGUGGAAAUCCUCCGCUCUUUCAGGGGGUUCACGAAUUAAACGCACAAGUGGCGGGAGUUGUUGUCAAGUAGGAUCUGAUCGAAGUCACCACAUUGAACAAAGAUGGAUGCUAAAAGGCGGAAUAGCGGUCUGCCGAGGGGCGGGGCGUCCCAGGCCAAGCGUGGUAAAACUGCCGGGGAUUGGGAAGACAGCCCGUCCAUCUUCGAGGAGGAACUCGCCCUGUUCGAAGAAGCCGAUAUGGAGGCGGAGGAGAGGGAAGGACAGGCGGGGCAUGACGUCAUCCCUGUUGGUGAGCUGUUCUCUGCUGACCUCAACCCCCGAUGGCGUAGGCCGCAGGCCGCCCCUCUUAACCCGGACUCUGACACCCUGGUCUUCCAACAGAUUGACCUCGACUACUAUUUAGGGGCUGUUGUGGCUGGCAUGCCAGGUCAGUCUCAGGGGAAUGUUCCAAUCAUCCGCAUGUUUGGGGUGACUGACAGCGGGAACAGUGUGUGCUGCCACGUGCACGGCUUUGCCCCCUAUUUCUACAUCCCUGCCCCCAAUGGGUUCACCAGUGAUCACUUGAGUGAGUUCAAAAGGGAGCUUAACUCUGCUGUGCUGAAGGACAUGCGCUCCAACAAGGACAACAUAUCGGUCACUGUGCUGGCGGUGGACAUCACACGCAAAGAAAGUAUGUAUGGUUACCAUGGGAAACGGAUUGCGGACUUCCUGUGCAUCACUAUGGCAAUGCCUCGUCUGAUUGCCCCGGCGAAGAGGCUCCUGGAGCAGGGAUUUAAGUUUGGACCUUUCCCCAUUCAGAGCUUCUCUUCCUACGAGGCUAACAUCGACUUUGAGAUCAGGUUUAUGGUGGACAGCGAUGUGGUGGGUUGCUGCUGGAUUGAGCUGCCCAAAGGGAAGUACCGGGUGAGGGAGGAGAGGAUGUUGGGGGAGACGGACGCUCACCACCCAGGCAAGGUGUCUCUGUGUCAAUAUGAGGUUGAUGUGGGAUGGACCCAGCUGAUCAGUCACCCAGCAGAGGGAGAGUACCAGAGGAUCGCUCCUCUCAGGGUUCUCAGCUUUGACAUUGAGUGUGCUGGAAGAAAAGGGAUUUUUCCAGAGGCAGAGAAAGACCCAGUGAUCCAGAUCGCCUCCAUGGUGCAGCGACAGGGAGAGAAGGAACCCUUCAUCCGCACCGUCUUCACCCUCCAGUCCUGCUCCAGCAUCGUGGGCUCCCAGGUCCUGUGCUUCACUAAAGAGAGCCAGUUACUACAGAGCUGGGCUGAGUUUGUGAGGACAGUGGAUGCAGACAUCAUCACUGGGUACAACAUCCAGAACUUUGACCUUCCCUACCUGCUGAACAGAGCAGCUACCCUGAAGGUCAAACUGUUCCCCUACCUGGGCAGAGUACAGGGCAUCAAGUCAGUCCUGAGAGACUCCAGUUUCCAGAGCAAACAGAUGGGCCGCAGAGAGAACAAGAUCCUCAACAUGGAGGGACGAGUUCAGUUUGACCUGCUCCAGGUGCUGCUGAGGGACUACAAACUGCGCUCAUACACACUCAACGCCGUCAGCUUCCACUUCCUGCAAGAACAGAAGGAGGAUGUUCAGCAUUCUAUCAUCACAGAUCUGCAGAAUGGUAAUGAGCAGACCCGGAGGCGCCUGGCGGUGUACUGCCUGAAGGAUGCCUACCUGCCCCUGCGUCUGCUGCAGAAGCUGAUGUGUGUGAUCAACUACAUGGAGAUGGCCAGAGUCACCGGGGUUCCCCUCACCUACCUGCUCUCCAGAGGCCAGCAGAUCAAAGUGGUGUCCCAGCUACUGCGGCAGGCAAUGAAACAGGGGCUGGUCAUGCCAGUGGUGAAGCCUGAGGGAGGUGAAGACUACACUGGAGCUACAGUCAUUGAGCCAGAGAAAGGAUACUACAGUGUCCCCAUCGCCACCCUGGAUUUCUCCUCUCUGUAUCCCUCCAUCAUGAUGGCCCACAACCUCUGUUACACCACCCUGCUUCAGAAGGGCUCAGCGGAGAAGCUGGGUCUGACCCCAGAGGACUUCAUCAAGACUCCCACAGGAGACCUGUUUGUUAAGAGCUCGGUGAGGAAGGGACUUCUGCCUGAUAUCCUGGAGGACCUGCUCUCUGCCAGGAAGAAGGCCAAAGCGGAGCUGAAAAAGGAAACGGAUCCUUUCAAGAAACAGGUCCUUGACGGUCGACAGCUCGCUCUCAAAAUCAGCGCCAACUCCGUCUAUGGCUUUACAGGGGCUCAGGUGGGCAAGCUGCCCUGCCUUGAGAUCUCACAGAGUGUUACUGGGUUUGGCAGACAGAUGAUUGAGCAGACCAAACAGCUGGUGGAAUCCAAGUACACCAUCGCCAACGGUUACCAAGCCGAUGCCAAGGUCAUCUACGGGGACACGGACUCCGUCAUGGUCAAACUGGGCGUGGACACUGUGAGCAGGGCCAUGGAGGUUGGGAGGGAGGCGGCAGAGUGGGUCUCCUCCCACUUCACCCCUCCCAUCAAAUUGGAGUUUGAGAAGGUGUACUACCCCUAUCUGUUGAUCAACAAGAAGCGCUACGCAGGCCUCUACUUCUCCUCCAGCGCCGACACUCACGACAAGAUGGACUGCAAGGGUAUCGAGACGGUCCGCAGAGACAACUGUACCCUGGUGGCCAAUCUGAUCAACACCUGCCUGCAGACCAUUCUGAUAGACAGAGAUCCCCAGGGUGCGGUGGCCCACGCCAAAGAGGUGAUCUCUGACCUGCUGUGUAACCGCAUCGACAUCAGCCAGCUGGUUAUCACCAAGGAGCUGACCCGCACAGCCCAGGAGUACGCUGCCAAGCAGGCGCAUGUUGAGCUGGCCGAGAGGAUGAAGAAGAGAGACGCGGGUAGCGCCCCCCAACUGGGAGACAGAGUUCCCUAUGUCAUCAUCAAAGCUGCCAAAGGAGUAGCAGCAUACAUGAAGUCUGAGGAUCCAAUCUAUGUUCUGGAGAACAACAUUCCCAUUGACACCCAGUACUACCUGGAACAACAGCUCUCCAAGCCACUGCUCCGCAUCUUUGAGCCCAUCCUGGGAGAGAGCAAAGCGGAGAGCAUCUUACUGAAGGGGGAUCACACGCGCUGUAAGACAGUGUUGACCUCCAGGGUGGGGGGGCUCAUGGCCUUCGCCACCAAGAGGAGCGCCUGUAUCGGUUGCAGAGCAGUGCUGAAGGACGAUGCGGCUGUGUGUGAUUUCUGUAAGAAGAAGGAGUCGGAGCUGUACCAGAAAGAGAUCUUCCACUUAAGUACUCUGGAGGAGCGCUUCUCUCGCCUGUGGACACAGUGUCAACGCUGUCAGGGCUCUCUCCAUGAGGAUGUGCUCUGUACCAGCCGGGACUGUCCCAUAUUCUACAUGAGGAAGAAGGUGCAGAAAGAUCUGGAUGAUCAGGAGAAGCUGGUGUCUCGCUUUGGAUGGUGAGAGACAGAACCAACAGACUCCAUAUUCACCGGCUCCCCUCUCUCUCUCCCCACUCUUUCUCAGACUCUCUCCCUCUCCUUGAAAGGAUUUGUACUGUAUUUUCUUCUUGUAAGAAUUGUAAAUGUUACAUUUAGACCUUUUUCGUGAAUUAUGAAUCUAAAUAAAUGACAUCUUUUUGUAGAAA